UGGUUGCAGUGAAACUAGUCGCUGUUCCAAGCUACACAUACAUCACUCAUCACACAAUCUGAAUUCACAAACUUACUUGGAUGAUGGGACCAAGCGAACAAGAACUGGAACAUGAUCCAGAGAUUUCUGAGCAAACUAUGGACAUAAAAACAGAUGAAACAGAAACGAAAGAAACUGAUAAACACAAGGACCCGAACGUAAAACCUCCAUAUUCAUACGUCGCUUUAAUAGCUAUGGCAAUCAGAGAGUCCCCUGAAAAGAGACUCACACUGAACGGUAUAUAUCAAUUUAUUAUUUCAAAGUUCCCAUUUUAUGAGAAGAAUAAAAAGGGUUGGCAGAACUCUAUCAGACAUAAUCUCAGUCUAAACGAGUGUUUUAUAAAAGUACCCCGUGAAGGAGGCGGUGAAAGGAAGGGGAAUUAUUGGACUCUGGAUCCUUCAAGCGAAGAUAUGUUUGAGAAAGGAAACUUUCGACGAAGAAGACGAAUGAAACGACCUUAUAGACAACCAAGCCUAGCGCAAAAUUCCACAUUUCCUUUCGGUGACCCAAAUCCUUACGGGCCGCCAAGCUAUCAUGGAAUCGCACCAAAGUGGUCUCCAUACGGCCAGCCACAAUUGAGUCAGAGCACUUGGCGAGGAACAGCACAAGGAGUACCUUACCCUCAAGCAGCGAGGAUUCCAAGUAGUUCAUUGCUAUCUCCAUAUAUGAAUAUCCCUUCCAUUGCCGGAGUUCCUGUAAGUAACUACACAACUGCUUCACCGUAUUCAACUCACAUGCAAAGCCAAAUGAACGAACAACAUAGCUACAUGCCAUUAACUAACAUGCCCAGCUGUAGAAGAGAGCACGAACAUUCUCCAGCGUCUCAUUAUCCAUACUAAUUGCAACAUUUUUAAACUCUACGAAUUUUGCCUAUCGUUCCGCAUGAAGAGAGUAAUAAUAUAUAAUGACUGUCGUUCGCUAUUGUUUUAGUUUAUUAACGUACAUGAAUACAGAUUCAUUCAUUUCCUAUCGGAGUAUAUCCCUAUGAUAGCUAUACUAAUAUUUGUCUAUUUACCAAAGAAAUUAUCAAUCCAUUAAACCUGGUGAAACUACAACACACAGACUUGCGGCUUUUCACUCCUAAUCCGCAAUGGAAUCCAAAAUCGUUUCCCUUGGCAUUAAAUCUGACUCAACAAGAGAUCUUCAGAUAGGAAAAUGAGCGAAGAUGUAUGUCUUGUUUAGUCCCCCAUAGGCGUUAAACGCUUCUUUGGUCUUCAAAUUGUUUGAAAACAAAUGUUUGUAUUAUUUAAAUUCAUUGCACAGGCUAUUUUGUCUAAUUCGCCUCGUAUGGAAAUGUCAGCUGAGCGUCUUGGACAUUAAACUUGCUCAAAGGGGCCACUGAACUUUGAGUUAAUAUUUGGGGAAUUUAGUUCGAGUGAGAACAAUUUAGAAUUAUCACAAAUAUAUAGAUAGUUAUAUAUUCAUUGCAAAGUUUUAAUUUAAAAACGCCCAAUGUACAUAAAGAUCAUAUUCCUUUCACAUUCAUAAAUAAAGAGAAAUUUUUCGUUAAAA